CUGGUUUUUAUAACUUUAUUGCUAUGUACAAGGAAAUUGGACAUUUCGAUCAAUGUUAGGCUCCAGGGGAAUGAGAAGAAAAUGUUCGACAAAUAUUCUCACUUGUAUUUAGAGAGGGGUAAGGGUUCCAAGUCUGUUUUUCCAAGCGACUGUACAUGGACCGAUACGAAAUGUCACCGCGUCUUGUUGACCGUUACAACGCUUUCAUUACGCCUUUUGAAGAAGCGGCGCCGAAGUCCGUUUUCGCAUUAUGCAAUGCUGUCACAUCCCGUGAACCAAAAUGUCGACUAGAAGCAGAGCCGGCCCGAGGCGAAUUUCUGCUUGAGGCAAGAUCCCCACCCAGAGCUCCAAAGACCAGCCGUCCUGCACCCGGGGUGGCUGCGCGUCUCGCCCCCCGUCCGAACGAGACACACGUACACAUCAGGGAUUUUCACCUGCGCCUGAGGCCGGACACGUCGGUGUUCCACAAGGACUUCGUUGUCGAGACUGCAUCGGAAGGUGUUGUCAAGGUGGGCACGGGCCACAUCUAUUCUGGGGAAGUCGUGGGCGAACCUGAGAGCCACGUGUACGGGUCACUACAUAAUGGCGUCUUCGAAGGAAGUAUCAGUACGAGGAAAGAGAACUUCUACGUUGAAGCGGCUUCCAAGUACUUCAAGAAGCCUAUGCCCUUUAAGUCUAUCAUCUACUCCAGCGACCAGGUUGAGUUCCCCAAGUCAAAGAAACCGGGGCACGGAAGUUGGUGUGGCCUCUCUGGGGACACAGAGAAGUGGAUGAAUAGAAUCCUGGAGAAUUCGCAAAGCAAACAUGUCAAAGGCCACAGAAUACAUCGUACUCACGAAAGGAUCGGGCGACGCCUCCACGGUGAAUAUCUCGAAGAUGACUCUGAUGAUGUCGACGAUGAUAACAAUGCCAAUGUGGUGUAUGCGCCGAGAAAACCGCUGACAAACGACAACGCUCUGAUGGACAACAGAACGCGUCGGAAAUCUGAUGCCUCGAGACGUGUGUGCAAUCUCCAAGUUAGCAUUGACCACCAUCUCUUCGAAUAUGUUUCGCAGGUGGUUGAGAACGCUCUUCACGUGCGACAGAGGCUCACAGCGCUCGUCGCCGCGCACGCUGCGAAACUUAACGAAGUGUUUGGUUCUACCAACUUUGAUGGUAUCGAAGACAUCAGCUUUAUUGUGCAACGAAUCAAGAUUAACGACAGCACCAGUUGCUUGGGCAGCAAAAGCAAGAACAACCCGUUCUGCUCCAUUGCCGUCGACUCCGCACAUAUGCUUCAUUUGGCGUCGCUGGGGAACUACGAUGACUUCUGCCUCUCCUACAUAUGGACUUACAGAGAUUUCGCCGAUGGUGUUCUUGGCCUUGCCUGGAUAGCUAAACCCGAAUUCGGUAGUGGUGGCCUCUGCGAAAAGAACCGGGCUUCGGUGGAUAUCGAACCUGGAACCGGAACGUAUCAGGACUACGCUCUUAGCCUCAACGUCGGCAUUGUCACAUUCCUUAACUACAACAGCUUCGUACCUCAAAUUAUCUCCGAGCUAUCGAUGUGUCAUGAGGUUGGGCACAGCUUUGGAGCACCCCAUGACGACGGUCCUGCGUGCGUUCCUGGAGGAUUCAACGGCAACUAUCUGAUGUACUCCUCAGCAACAACAGGGCUGCUCAAGAACAACGCUAUCUUCUCGCCUUGCAGUGUUCGAAAUAUAUCGAGAAUCCUGCAGACACUAUUUGACGGCAAGAGCGAUCGCGAGAACUGUUUGCUGAGAAACAUGGAACCAAUAUGUGGCAACGCGAUUCAAGAAGGCGAGGAACAGUGCGACUGUGGAAUGGGAGAAAGCGACUGCUUAGACAAGUGCUGUUACGCACGCCAUAAUGAUCACAAUGCUACAGGGUGCACCCUAAGGCCGAGAGCCGAAUGCAGCCCGUCGUCUGGAUCCUGUUGCGGCAUACAUUGCAAUAUUUUGCCUACUGGAACUGCCUGCAGACGUCCCACGAUGUGCUCCGGAAGAGCUUAUUGUGAUGGCGAAAGUGCGAGAUGCCCAUUUGCCCCUUGGAAGCCGGACAUGACACCCUGCAACAACGAUACACAAGUGUGCAGGAGAGGCACAUGUACGGGAUCCAUCUGCGAGAAAUUCGGCUUGGUGGAGUGCUCCUUGUCUGGACGGGCGCUUACCGCUGAAGAACAGUGCGUCUUAGCCUGCAGAGAUCCGGGCACUUCCGGUAGGCCGUGCCUGCCGGUGUGCCAUUUUUCCGGAAUGGAAGAACACUGCGGGAAGAAGCUUCAACCCGGAUCCCCAUGCAAUGGUCUUCGAGGGUACUGCGACGUCUUUCGAAAGUGUCGCCCAAUCGACGCCGAUGGUCCGCUUUUCCGCAUGGAGCAGUUUUUCUUUGGCGGCGAAGCGGUUUAUUCCCUUAUCAAUUUUAUUAAGGAACACGUGGUAUUAUCCGGCUUCAUUGUACUCGGGUCCAUAUGGUGCGUGGUGUUGGUAUUAAAGCUGGUUGCCGUGCACACACCCAGCCACAACCCGAAGCGACGGUCCGCGUACAGCCUAAAGGAUACGAUAAGACAUCCCUUUCAAUACCUGGAGUGAAGCAACCAAUGUCAAUAUGGCCAAUGCUGCGCCCAUUUACUGCUUGAAGAUCGAGUUCUGCGCUUCGCAAUUAAAUGUUUUACUUCGUCCCAAGUCUGUUGAU